UGCUAAACUAGAAACCGAGAAUGGCUGGAAAUGGAGAUGGAGUGCAGUUGCUUGGGUAUUGGGCAAGUCCUUUUGCCCUGAGAAUUAAAUGGACUUUGAAGCUGAAAGAAAUCCAUUAUGAGUAUGUGGAAGAGCAUCUGCUAGACAAGAGUCCUAUGCUUUUGCAGUACAACCCUGUUCAUAAGAAGAUUCCAGUUCUUGUGCACAAGGGUAAGCCUUUGGCUGAAUCACUAGUGAUAAUUGAAUACAUGGAUGAAGUUCGGAAGCAUAAUCCACUCUUACCACAAGAUCCCUAUCAAAGGGCCAAGGCACGUUUCUGGGCGAAAUUUGAAGAUGAGAAGACUCUUAGAACACCACAUGUGCCAGCAAUGUUUAAAGCAUUUUCCAAGGUAGGGGCGGAGCAAGAGCAAGCUGCAAAGGAGCUUCGAGAGAAUCUGAAAACUCUGGAGAGUGCUCUGGAGGGGAAGCACUUUUUUGGGGGUGAAACAAUAGGCUUUCUAGACAUUGCUGUUGGCUGGAUUGGAUGCUGGGCUCGAAUGAAUGAGGAAGUUGCUGGUGUAAACAUGAUUGAUGUAGAGAUGAUGCAUUUGCUCAGUGCAUGGUUCCAGAAAUUCCUCGAGCUUCCUAUUAUCAAAGAAUGUUUGCCACCUCAAGAUAAAUUGCUAGUGCACACCAAAGAAUUCCACAAGAUGUUGAUGGCUGCAUUGACUUGAAGUUUUACUGCCAUCUCCAAAUGAGCUGGCUUUAGGGCAUCUGCAUGUGGUUUGUAUAAGAUACUUUGGGUAAUGCAUGUUAAUAAUGAGAACUUCAGCUGUUAUUGACAAUAAAAAUGAUGGUCAUUUUGAGGACUGUAUGUUGUUCAUAAUAAUAAUAGGAACUUCAGCUUUUA